UCAAAUAUAGUUACACACGUGGCGGUGUUUCAGAUUUAAAAAUGUUUCACAUUAUAAGAUCAAAUUUAAAUUGGCUUACCACAUAGUAUUUAAAAAUAGUUUUAAGCUAGAAGUGAAAAUAGCUUGAAACAAUGUUAUUUCGUUAAAAACUUGUGUAUUUUACAAAAUUUUUGUAAAUUUAACGAAACCUUGUGCAGUUGAUAUGUUUGUAACUAAUUGACAAUAUUUAAUACUAAUAUUUUUCCUACAACCCAUUAUAAAUAUUACUAAAAAUAUGAGAUUAUUUUUAAAUAGGAUACGCGUCAUUAAAGAACAAUUAUUUUCACCAAAAUAUUUACUUUAUACAAAUGUAGCAAUAUCUAUUUCUACGUCUGCUAUGGGAGAUAUUCUAGAACAACAUUACGAAAUAUUAAAGGGUGAGUGGAAUAAAUGGUGUUCGAAUAGAACUAGGAAUAUGGCAGCAUCCGGUAUGUCUGUUGGUAUAGUAUGCCAUUAUUGGUAUAAAUAUUUGGAUGCCAAGGUACCGGGUCGUACGAUUAAUAUUGUUUUAAAAAAAGUUAUUAUAGAUCAAUUAGUUUGUUCUCCGCUUUGCAUAACAAUGUUUUUUUUAACAUUGAGCAUCUUAGAAAAAGGUAGCUUGUCAGAAUUAAAAGAUGAAAUUGUUAGGAAGGCGCAUAAAUUAUAUAUAGCGGAAUGGGUUGUCUGGCCACCUGCGCAAAUUGUCAACUUCUAUUUCCUGCCAACCAAGUAUAGAGUUCUUUAUGAUAGUAGCAUAUCUCUUGGUUACGACAUUUAUACUAGCCAAGUGAAACAUGAUAAUCCAAAUUCUAGUAUAAAAAAUAGUAAACAUUGAUAAGCUUUGUUUCAUUCAAAUUUUAAAAACAUUAA